AUGGAGCUGAGGAAGAGCGAGGAACCGCUCCCAGAGAGAGCGAUGGUUCUGAUCUUGCUGCUCUGUGUGACCGGGAAGAGAGCAGAAACUGUCCGGUACUCUGUGCCCGAAGAGGCGGAGAGAGGCUCCUUUGUGGCGAAUAUUGCUAAGGAUUUGGGACUGGCCGGUGAGGAAUUAUCGGCUCGACAGGCUCGGAUCGUUCCUGAAGGAGAAAAGCAGUAUUUGCAGCUGAACAAACACACCGGGGAUUUGGUGGUGAGAGAGCAAAUGGACCGGGAGGAGCUGUGCGGGCAGAGCGAGCCCUGCCUGGUGCGUUUCGCGGUGCUGCUGGAGAGCCCACUGCAGUCCUUCCGAGCUGAGGUAAGCCUCAUUGACAUUAAUGAUCAUGCUCCUGUAUUCUUAAACAAAGAGAUGGUUUUAAAGAUCCCGGAAACUGCAAUGCCAGAAGCUCGGUUUUUGUUGGAAAGCGCUCAGGAUCCAGAUGUAGGGAACAACAGUCUUCAGUAUUACAGUAUCAGCUCGAACGAGUAUUUCCGUAUCUACACCUGGAGGCGGAGUGACGGCAGGAGGUAUGCCGAGCUGGUGUUGGACCGAGCCCUGGACCGGGAGCAGCAAGCAGAAGUGGUUUUCAGUGUCACGGCUGUGGAUGGUGGGUCUCCACCGCGCUCUGGCACGGCCUUAAUCCGCGUGGUGGUUCUGGAUGCGAACGACAACGCGCCCGUGUUCAGCCAGGCGGAGUACACGGUGCGUGUGCCGGAGGACGUGCCCGUGGGCUCCGUCCUCGUCACCCUCACUGCCACCGACGCCGACGAGGAACUAUACGGGCACGUGAAAUAUUCCUUGAAAAAAAUCACAGAGAAAGCCUCACAGAUAUUUAAUCUGAACGGUGAGUCGGGAGUGAUCACGCUGGUGCGGAGCCUGGAUUUCGAGGAAAGCGACUCCUACGAACUGGAGGUGCAAGCAGAAGACGGAGGCGGGCUUUACAACACAGCCAAAGUCGCGAUCGCCGUGACCGAUGUGAAUGACAACGAGCCUGAAUUGACAGUGUCGUCGGCGCUGAAGGAGAUCUCGGAGGAUGCCCCGUCGGGGACGGUGGUGGCCCUGCUGCACGUGCAGGACCGGGACUCGGGGACGAACGGCGAGGUGCGGUGCAGCAUCGCCGAGAGCCUCCCGUUCCGUCUGGAGAAAGCCUUUGAGGACUACUACCGCGUGGUGACGGCGAGGGAGCUGGACCGGGAGGAGGUGUCGGAGUACAACGUGACGGUGCGGGCAGCGGACGGCGGGUCGCCGGCGCUGUGGAGCAGCGCGGUGCUGGCGCUGCGGGUGCUGGACGUGAACGACAACGCGCCGGUGUUCGCGGAGGCGAGCUACAGCGCCCGGCUGCCCGAGAACAACGCGGCGGGCGCACUGGUGCUGACGGUGCGGGCGGCGGACGCGGGCGGCGGACCCUUGCGCGGCGUCCCGGCCUCGCACUUCGUGGGCAUCGACGGCGUCCGCGCCUUCCUGCACUCCUACUCGCACGAGGUGUCGCUCACCGCCGACUCGCGCAAGAGCCAGCUCCGCUUGUCGGGCGGCAGCUGCUGCGACACCCUCCCGGCCCGGCCGCCCGCUCAGGCUUCGGGUGAUCUCGUCCCUACGGGAGAUCACAGUGCCGACAAUAGUGACCAAGCCUCCUUCCAGAAGAGGAUGGAUGUCGUACCGGCAGCGCGGGGUCGGGUAGGGCCGCUGGCGCGAGACCUGGGGCUGAGCCCGGCGGAGCUGCCGGCACGCAAGCUGCGGAUAGUCUCUGGGGACGAAAAGCAGUACUUCAGUCUCGGGGAAGAUAAUGCAGAUCUGCGGGUAAACGAGAGGAUAGACCGAGAGGGCAUCUGCGGGGCUGUGUCGCCCUGUGUCCUCAGUUUGGAGGCAGUCGUGGAAAACCCAUUCAAUAUAUUUCAUGUGAGCGUUACUAUCCAGGAUAUCAAUGACAAUGCGCCGCAGUUUGACAGAGAACUUGUUGCCAUGGAAAUGAUCGAGUCUACGCCUCCCGGGGCCAGGUUCCCACUGGGCAGCGGCAGAGACCCCGACGUGGGGGCGAACUCGUUACAAAAUUACCAACUUACCCCCAACCCGCUCUUCUCCCUUGCAGUAAGGGAGAGUCCUGACGGGACAAAACAGGCAGAACUAGUACUGGAGAAAAGCUUAGAUCGAGAAAAACAGAGAAAUCACCAUUUGAUACUGACAGCGGUGGAUAGCGGGGAUCCAGUCCGGUCCGGGACCGUCCAGAUCAAGAUUAAAGUGACUGACGCAAAUGACAAUCCGCCGGUAUUCACCAAAGAGCUCUACAAGGUUCGACUGCUGGAAAAUCUGCCGGAGGGCUCCUUAGCUUUUCAGGUGAAAGCUACUGACGGCGACGAAGGUGCAAAUGCAGAAAUCACCUACACUUUCAGUCACAUCUCAAACAGUGCUCGCCAGCUCUUCACUCUGGACUCCAGGACAGGGGAAGUGAAGGUUAUAGGCCCCUUAGAUUACGAAGAAGGGAAAUACUACGAAGCUACUGUUGAAGGCAAGGACGGGGGCGGGCUCAGCGCGCACGCCAAAGUGCACAUAGAUGUUAUAGACGUGAACGACAACGCGCCAACCCUUUCCCUGCUGCCAAUCUUGAACCCGAUACCAGAGGAUUCGGUCCCGAGCACAGUUGUAGCUGUGAUCAAUGUCCGUGACAGAGACUCGGGAGAUAACGGACAAGUGAGCUGCAACAUCCACGGCGAUUUGCCUUUCAGACUAGAACCGUCAUCAGAGAACAUCUAUAAACUAAUAAUAGCCAGUUCCCUGGACAGAGAAAAUGUCUCCGCUUACAAUAUCACCAUCGCUGCCAGGGACCGGGGCA